CGGCUUCGUCAUUCGAUCAGCAAAGCUCAUACCGUUUACAUCACGUUCAAAAUUCACUUGUGUCCCCGUCAUUUAGUGCAGACAACAAAAUUCAAAUUCACAUACGUUGAGCAUACAAUUCGUCGUUUUUUUUUUAUUGUAAAUUCGUUGGUUUGUGGUUUAAACAACAAAAUUGAAAAAUGCUGAAAAUUGCGGUAUUUGCAGUGUUAGUGUUGGUCCAUACCAUAAAUGGUCACACAUACCAUUCCGGAGAAUGUCCGUCAGUUGCACCGAUGCCAGAUUUUGAUAUGAAAAAGUUUUUGGGCAUUUGGUAUGCAAUUCAAAAAACAUCAACCGCAUCAUCAUGUCUGAUCUACAAUGUGACCAGAGGCGAAGAACCUGGUGAAUAUUUUAUCGAACAAGUAUCACAACAUUUUGCACUCGGUCUAACACCACUCAAACAUGAAUACAGUUAUACUGGUCAAUUAACCGCACCAAUUCCAGAACUUCCAGCAAAAAUGCGCGUCAAAUUUCCAUUGAAUCCAAUCGGCGAAUCCGAUUUCACCAUUUUCAUGACCGAUUACGAGACCUAUGCUGGAAUUUUCACAUGCCAAAAAGUAACAUUUGCUCAUCGUCAAAGUGCAACACUGUUGUCACGUACUCGCGAUUUGGAUAAGUUGUAUGUUGACAAAAUGCGCACACGUCUUGGUUCAUUCAACGUUGACCCAUACGAUUUGAGUAUCAUUAAUCAAACCGGUUGCCCAAAAGAAUCUGAAGAUAAUUACAAUAUUCACAUUGACCAAGAAACUUUCUCAUCGGCAUCGAUUGGUAAUGCUGUACGUGCCACUGGCUCAAAAAUUGGCGAUGGCGUCGAAUGGACACUUGAUGCUACGAAAAAGUUGUACAAUCAAUGGACCAGUUCAAAUGAGACUGAACAACAACAGGAGAAGGCACGACAUGGAUUCGUUCAUCAAGAACCAAAUGCAGAAUGGGUCAGAUUUUAGACGAAAUUUGAAUUUAGAACAUUUUAACAAAUGUUAUAUUUUGUCUGAUGCAAUUUAAUGGCAUCUCUGCGAUGGAUUUCACCAUCACAAACACACACAAACAACAAAAAAAUAAUGUAAUAAAAUGAGAAUAAUAAAAGAAUAUUUAAGACUCCACCAAA